UUCUUUUACAAAAUUUGCUUGAACCUAAACUCUGGGCAACCUAAAACCCUAGUCAAAGCCCUUGAAACCUAAAUUUUUCUGAAACAUUUCUCUCCCAAUUCCUGUGGCAUCAACAGUCUUGGAAAAAGCUCUCAAAUUAACGCCAAUGAAUUCCCCCAUCAUUACAAGAGCCUACCGCGCAGCCAAAAGAAACAAUCUGUAUUCAAGAAUUAGUUCGCUUGGUCCCCCAAUCAAAGCCCAGAACUUCAAAAUCUUUACUUCACACUUUUCUACUACUGCUACAUCAGCUGAUAAGUUUUACUUUCACUUGCAAAACAACCCGAACAACAUUGAGAAAACCCUACCUGCUGUCAAGGCGAAAUUGGACUCCACUUGUGUGAAUGACGUGUUGCAGAGGUGUUUUCCCCGUCAAUCUCAAUUGGGUAUUCGUUUCUUCAUAUGGGCUGGUAUUCAGUUUAGUUAUAGGCACAGUUUGUUCAUGUAUGAAAAAGUUUGUGAAUUGUUUAAAAUUAAGCAAAACCCUAGAAUUGUUAUUGAUCUUAUUGAAGCAUAUAAGAAAGAAGAGUGUGUUGUUAGUGUUAAGACAAUGAAAGUGCUUUUAAAAUUAUGUGAAAAAGCUGGGCUUGCUAACGAGGCUUUGUUUGUAUUGAGGAAAAUGCCUGAAUUCAAUUUAAGAGCUGAUACGAUCAUAUAUAAUACUGUUAUUAGGUUGUUCUGUGGAAAGGGUGAUAUGGUUAUGGCUGAUAAUUUGAUGAAAGAGAUGGUUUUGAUUGAUCUUUACCCUGAUAUGAUCACAAAUGUGUCAAUGAUUAAAGGCUUUUGCAAUGUAGGUAGGUUUGAGGAUGCUUGUAGGGUGGUUAAGGCUAUGAGAGAACAUGGUUGUGCUCCCAAUGCAGUUGCAUAUUCAACUCUUCUUGAUGGCAUUUGUAAGUUUGGGAGUAUGGAGAUGGCAUUGAAUUUGUUAGAGGAAAUGGAGAAAGACGGUGGGGAUUGUAGUCCUAAUGUUGUCACGUAUACAUCUGUCAUUCAGAGUUUUUGCGAAAAGGGUAUGGUAAUGGAAGGAUUGGGAGUUUUGGAUAGAAUGGAAGCUUAUGGUUGUGCUCCCAAUCGUGUAACAAUCAGUACUUUGAUUAAGGGCCUUUGCCAUGACGGCAAUAUAGAGGAAGCAUAUAAGUUGAUUGAUAAAAUUGUUGCUGGGGGUAGUGUUUCAUAUGGCGAUUGCUACAGUUCUCUAGUGGUGGCAUUGGUUAGGAUUAAAAGACUUAAGGAGGCUGAUAAACUCUUUAGGAAGAUGUUAGCUAGUGGAGUGAAACCUGAUGGUUUGGCAUGUAGUGUUAUGAUUAAAGAACUUUGUUUGGAGGGACAAGUGGUGGAUGGCUUUUACUUAUAUGAGGAAAUUGAGAAGAUUGGAUGCUCAUCUUCAAUUGACUCUGACAUUCAUUCAAUCCUCUUAGAUGGGCUUUGCAAAGAAGGCCAUUCUCAGGAGGCUUUAAAGCUUUCAAGAUCUAUGCUGGAAAGAAGAAUUCGACUGCAAGCUCCUUAUGCUGAUAAAAUAAUUGAAUACUUGAAGAAAUCCGGAGACAAUGAUCUAAUUACACGUUUCACUAGGAUUGGAGGGUGAUGUUAUGCAAACAAAAAAGUUUGUUAGCCUUGGGGGGGGCCCUGUUGCUGUUUUCAAACAGGGCUGUGAUAGUAAAGUCAGAAACUUUUGAAUUAAGAAGUAGCUUACUCAGGAUAAGCUUGUAGAGUUUCAUUGACUACCAAGUCACUGCCAGAUUAGCAUUCAAAAUAUGCAGCUUGGAGCACAAGUGAAGUAGUGUUGCCAUUCCAAACUGAAUAUGAAUCAGUAACUUGGAGUCUCGUGUUAAUGAAUCAGUAACUUGUGUGGAAACUUGUUUGCAUAUGCAAAAAUGUUGAAAUAUUCACCCUGCUUUAACUGUCAAUGAAAUCUCUCAGUUAUGCCAUAAUUACGGUUUAAGAUGAAGCCGUAGGCUUUGCUGUAACUAAAUGACAACAUUAUGUAUAUAUAUCUAUGGAAACAGGAGGGUCCUACAGAAAUGAGGAAGGGUUUUGUUCAUUAUUCUACUCUUGCAGCAGCUGAUGAGACCAAUGAUAAGGGAAUUGGAAAAUUAACUGGGCAAAAAACUUAGCCUGUUUUUUUGGUUUAAGGUUCUUAUUUUGAUGAGGAAAGACCCAACAAUCUAAUGGAGUUCAAGAGGACUCUUGAACCUCAGCAACCCUUCAAGAUGCUGACAAUACUGUUAGGAUUAACUCAGUUGUUGAUAUUGCCGUAAACAAUGGUUGUACAUCUUUCGAUCAUGCUUUUUAUUAACCAUAGAUUAUGUACUUGUAUUUUAUUUAAGUGAGAAUGGGACAAGGAAAUUUUUGUUUCUGUUUUAACUAUAUAUUUUGAAAAUAAUCCGUACAUUUGAAUUGUUGAUAUCUAUCAUGGCCACAUAUUUUUUAA